CAUUUUCCUCGCUUUUCCAAUCACUUGCAUUUUCUGAAAGCUUCUCUCCUCUAGAGUCUAGACCUCUAGUGUUCCAUUCUCCAGCCCCAUCUCCAUGAUCGUCGCCCAAACUUCAGUCCCGGCGCAUAAAAAUGAAACCCUAAAUCCUGCGUUGUGUGGAAUGCAGCGUUCCUUAAUCUGAUCAAAUGCCCAUAGCCUUCUACUUAACAUCCAAGUUUCUCCUCUAUUGGAUCGCAGCAGAGAGCCGAUUGGUUUGCAACUCUGUUGGCGCGGAAUACGGCGGCAGCCUCCGUCAGCAGUGAUCGAAAACAGGUGGAUUCCUGUUUCUUCUUUCUAUUCUUUCUCAAUUUUUGUAUCUGAUCCCGUGAUCCCGUGAUCCCUUUUCCAUUUUUAGGGUAGAACUGAAUUGAUCAAAUAGACAAGCGAUGAGCAUUCAUUGUACUUGCUGCGAGUUGGGGAAAAUGGGAAAUAGGCACAGUGGGGAAGAAGAUACCAGCAGUGCUGACAGGUUAAGCCAUCUUCCAGAACCGAUUCUUCAUCACAUCCUUUCGUUCCUCGACACCAAAUCCGUGGUUCAGACCUCGGUUUUGUCUCGGGCAUGGAACCGCUUGUGGAAACAUGUCCCUGUCCUUGAUCUACGCCGCCUUUCCUUCCAGGAGUAUGCGAGUUUCCAAUGGUUUGUGUAUAUGGUUUUGGACCUCCGGUAUCCUCUUAGUCUCCACAGGCUGAGCUACAGGGACAACUACGAGUGGUAUAAGCAGAGCGGCGAGGAAAGUGAGACGUUUAUCUCGGAGUUUCGAGAUGUCGCUAUGUGCAUCGAGGUCAUCCAAUAUGCUUUAUACUAUGAUAUUGAAGAUUUACUGAUUGACCUGGACAAUGAAUACAAGGACAUCUAUCAGGGUGACAAGUUUACGGAUUUGUUCGGCACGAUCUCGAACUGCAACCUCAAAACUCUAGAGCUAACAUACGUCUGCAUCAAUGACGGUCUUGGAUCUUGUGGUUUCGGAGUGCUGACAACUUUAAACUUGCGACAUUGCUCUUUGGCUUCUGAUCAAUACGUUGACUUCUUUUCUAACUUCCCCUCUCUGAAGCAUUUAGCCAUGAGUGUUUGCCAACCUUGGGACUACUCAAACUCUAUCGAGGAUGAUAGGGGUCUUAAGAUAUCUGGACCCCAAUUGCUUAGCCUGCAAUUGAAUUAUAUGGUGUGUUACAAGAUGGAAAUAUUUGCACCGAGACUCAAAUUCUUCAGUAUUGUGCAUGACUUGAACUCCCUGGUAUCCAUCAAGUUAAGCUUUCCUUCCCUCUAUCAUGCUGCCAUCGCGGUCGAGGAUUGGGCCAAUUUCACGAAAGACAACAAGGAAUUGGGGGCACAACGCUUCAUCUCUUUGUUCCGAGGUUUGAAUAACGCAUCUUAUCUCAGCCUGGAUUUUGUCACCGUCAGGGCGCUGGGUAAAGUUACCGAGUUUCUGGAAGGAGAAAAAUCCUCUCCCUUUACGAAAUUGAAGUCCUUGAUCUUGAAGACUAUUGGAGGACGAGACAAAGUACCCGAUGAACUGGUCAAUUACUUUCUUAAAGGGCCAUCUAGUAUGAACCCAAAUGUUGAGUGUAUCUGGCCCUGCCGUGAACCAUUUUGCCAUGGUUGCUGAUUGUGGUACGCAAAUCGGUUGACUUUCUUUAUUAGCAGAUCAUUUGCCAGUAGGCAGUAGGUGAAUUUCGCAAGUAACUCACAAGAGCUACUCAAAUUGUUUUGACUGAUAUAUAUACCAUUGUAUGGGGCCGGCGACAUUGUUGGUCGUCAAAUAAAUCUGAGUUUGAGGGACUCACCUUUCCCGCUUAAUUGAGAUUUAUUAAGACAGUACUUCAGCUGGAAUGGUCUCUCUGAAUAGUUUCUUUUGGAUGACAUUAUGUUAGGUCGCUUACUGGUCUAGAAACGGCAGAUUGAAUGCUUGGAUGGUGGAAAUGUACUGAUGGAAUACCACUUGAUUGGUUAUGUGUUUCCCUUGUUUUACUGCUUCUAAGUUCUAACAACUCUUAUGGAGCUUCGUAGUAGACUCUGGUUAACUGUCAAGUGUACAGCAACGCUGAUGAAUCUUGAGCAUGUGCGCGAAGUUGGAGAAUGUUGCUUGCCGUGCAUGUAAUAGCUUGUUUUUGCCUAAGUUACAGACUUAUGAUGCCAUGUGAGCUGUCUUCUCAAACUGAUGGUGUCUGGCCAAACUUUUUACUUGUUGCAUUAGCUAUAAAUCUAGCUGCAGUUUUUUAGUUUUUACACCUUGAGAUGAUAUUCAUAUUAUUGUGAUAGGCAACUUAUUGUUCUAGCAAUAGCAGAUUGAAUGCCUGAAACGUGGAUAUGUUCUAGUUAUCGAGUCUGACUACGAACCAUAGAAACUUCCUCUCGCGGCUGUUGGGGCUUGUGCUGUGUGUUAUGGCGCCUGCUAAACUGCACUCUGGGCUGAGGUUAUCAGAGCAAUAUGAAUUGAAUGAGCCAUGUGCUGCUUCUCUGUUCGAGAAACGGAAAACUAGGAAGCAAUUUUUGGAUUUGGCGGGUGUUGAUAGUUGGUGAAUAAAAAAAGAACCGAGUG